AUGCUGUUGUCACUGCAUCAUCAUGUGGCUCAUCCAAGCAACUAUCAUUUCAUUCUGGAUGAACCUGAUAAAUGUAGUCCGAUUCAGUUUCUGGUCUUGAUGGUUCCUGUGGCCCCUCAACAGGUAGAUGCUCGUAAUGCCAUCCGGAGCACAUGGGGGAAUGAAAGCUCAGUCCAGGGAAAAGCAGUGCUGACUCUGUUCUUGGUGGGUUUGACUCGAGGACCUGAAGCUCAACAGCAGCUGGAGGAAGAGAGCCGACAACACAGAGAUUUAGUGCAGAGCAACUUUGUGGACUCCUACUUCAACCUGACCAUAAAGACAAUGGUGAUCAUGGACUGGUUGGCCACUCGUUGCCCUCAAGCGAUUUUUAGUAUGAAGGUUGAUUCUGACAUGUACAUAAACGUGGAGAACCUGAUGAGCCUGCUAUUGGCACCUAACACACCCAGACAGAACUACAUUACAGGAUUUUUGAUGUGGAACCAGAAUGUCAUUAGAGACAAAAAAUCAAAGUAUUAUGUCUCAGAGGAGCUGUACCCCGAAUCAAAAUACCCCACGUAUGUGUUGGGAGUAGGAUAUGUGUUCUCCAACGAUCUUCCCAAAAAAAUAGUUGAGGCUUCCAAGGACAUGAAGCCUUUUAACAUAGAGGACGCGUAUGUGGGCACUUGUCUGAAACGGUUGGGCAUAAAACCUUCACGGGCUCCAGAUCCUUCUCAGUUUCGGACCUAUAUGAAGGAUUCUAAAGGUCACAACCUUUCCAAGGUCAUUACAACAAUCGCAAGGUCACCAAAGCAAAUAAUAGAGUUCUGGCAAAAAGUAAAAAGACACAAAUGAACAGAUAAACCAGCACACAAGGAACAGGGAUGAGCAAAAUUAAAAGCCAACACGCUCUGUGAAUGAA